ACGUGUCGCCUUUUACUUAUGCAGUGGCAGAGCGUGACGUCGGCGCUGCCAGCGUGGAAUGCGUCAGUCCAGGAAGUAAACUGUCUGUGUCUACCUGCGGAAAACAAAAAGCACACAUACACAUUUAGAGGAUGGUGGACUCCGCACUGGAUCAAGUGGACAAAAAUCUCACUGAAGCCAUGAGGAUUCUAGGAGACGAGCAGAGAGAGCUGGAGACAGGACCAGGGAGUCAGCAUGUCAGCAGAACCAACAUUCCUGGACCCCUGGAGGGGCAUGGUCAGGAUAUUACCACUAUGCUGCGCUUAGUUCACAGCCUCAUUGAUGAAGAAGAGGAGGAAGGGGAAAAGCCCAGCAUAUAUAGGAUGCACAAUGUAGGUGAACAGGGUCAUAUUGCGUUGCUGGGACACAGCCUGGCAGCCUACAUGUCAGAGUUGGACAGAGAGCGACUGCGGAAGCUGACCACUCGGAUCGUGUCUGACACCACGCUGUGGCUCUGCAGGCUGUUUAGGUAUGAGAACGGUUCAGCCUACUUUCAUGAGGAUAGCAGGGAUGGCCUAGUAAAAGUGUGUCGACUGGUCAUCAAUGCCCGCUAUGAAGAAUAUGCCUCUGAGGGCUAUGUAGUCCUAAGUUCCAAACAGCCAGUCAUCUACCAGAGUGCCUCCAGCAGGCCAGGUCUGGGACAGCAUCUGUGCAGCCAGCUCGGCCUGCCUCUUUCUAGUUUGUGCACAGUCCCAUGCAACACCAUCUUUGGAUCCCAACACCAAAUGGAUGUUGCCCUGUUGGACAAACUAAUCAAAGAGGACAUAGAAGCUGGGAAGCUCCCUUUGCUGCUGAUUGCCCAUGCAGGUACCCCUGGAGCAGGCCAUACAGACAAGUUGGGUCGUCUGAAGGACCUGUGUAAUCAGUAUAAGAUGUGGCUUCACGUGGAGGGGGUCAACCUGGCAACCCUGGCACUGGGUCAGAGCACUUCUGCUGCUAUCACGAGCCAGCAGCUCCUGCAGAAGCUGAAAUCUCUGCCCUAUAUCAAAACAUCGGUGGAGGAUGAAAGCACCUCUCCUGUAGUGCUUUUCAAGUUUUCCCAGGAAAUGAGCGCUGCAUCAAGUGAGGGUUCAAUGGACGGUUCCUCUGCUGGGGAAAAAGAAGUCCUCGAUGCCUUCAACAGAUGGCUGUGUGAACAGCUCACCAAGCUAGUUCCCACCAGUGGUGUAGAUUUGGUAGAACUUGAAGACGAAGGUACCUGUGUUCGCUUCAGCCCCCUCCUGACUGCUGCAGUCCUGGGGACCCAGCAGCAGGACAUUGAGGACCUGGUAGAGAAGCUGACAGAGCUGGCGCCAGUGAUGAGCUCCACACUAUCCCUCAGACAGGACUUCAGAGAGGAGACCCACCGGCAUUCACUCUCACUCAGAUACAUAGAGGAGAUCAGCUGGCCUGGCCUGGGAGUUGUCCAGUAUGAGCCACAGCCUGAAGGGAUCAGUGAGAGCAAAAGGAAGCAGGAGCUGGAGAAAAUUAACAGUGAACUGUUGAAGAAACUGCAAGACCUUGACACUGACAUCAUCUUCUCCAGUGGCCCUGAGACUGGGACAGAGGAACACUAUAUCUUUGUGGGGAUGGUGAAUGAGGACGUUGAUGUUUCAGAGCUAGUGGAUACCAUAGCUGCCCUGGGGAGGGACAUAGAGGAGAGUGGAAGGCUGCUGGAGAACAUGACAGAAGUGGUGAGAAAAGGCAUCCUGGAGGCAGAGCUACAGCUGCAAAAGGCCAAUGAGGAGAACCAAGUUGUAGAGGGUAUGCUGAGACAGCUUCCUCUGGUUGGCUCUAUGUUAAACUGGUUCUCUCCAGUUCAAGGCUCCAUAAAAGGAAGGACUUUUAGCCUGUCUGCAGGUUCUGUGGACUCCACAGAGGAGAUAUACUCCACAAAGGCCCAGACAGACAGGCUGUCCUUGCAAGAGACUCCAACCUCCUCACUGAAGAGACUUCCAGGCCAGAGGUUGUUCCGGCGCUCAGGGACAGGCUCCGACUCCUUUAGUGAGACCAGCUCCAUUGGACAAGAUGAGACAACCAAAGGGAAGAGUACCACUGUGAGCGACAGCAUCGACUCCUCUACUUCUCCACCUGUGCCUGAGGAGGGAUCGCACACUGCAGUUGAUGUUGCACCAGAGAAAAUUCAGGAGGCUAAUGAGCAGGUGCACACACAGGUGGAGCCUGAUGAGGUGGAGAGGCAGCCUGGAAGCCAAGCGGUGGAGCAGAGCAAGAGAUAGGAUGACUCUUUCAGCAGGUAUCUCCAAUCAUCCUCUAAAUGGUACCAGCCUGACAGAUGUU